CUCAGGAUAUCAACAGAUCUUUGGACACGUUCAUGAGGCUGGCGGCAAAAAAGCCGAGUUUUAGCUGAACGCAAGUUAAUCCAAGCUUGUUACAAUGGAAGCGCAAACGAACCCUUACUCAAAUCAAGUCGGCUCGGCCUCCACGCAGAGCGAAACUCGCGUUAUUCAAAAUCAUCCGACCACCAUGGCGUACGUGCGAGAUGAACACACUGUUGUAAAAUAUGAGAAUCUUGCUCCGGCUGCGAGCGUAGCUUCGCUGAACGACCAACGAGUAGGGAAUAAUCACCUCCCGACGCACCAGUGGGUUGUACAAGACCAUACUGGAGCCGUUGGUUGGCCAGCGAACACAGUGAGUUUACAAGAAGUUAAACCAAUCUUAAGAGAGGAUGCUUCGCCUGUUAUAACAACAAUUGCUGGAGCAACGCUCGUCCAUCAUCGACCUGGCGGCCACCCUGUAAUGCCUUUAGAGCAACCACGUUGGCCCAGUUCUGCAUCGCAUGGGGCACACUCGCCUGAUCACACGCGUAUCCAUAUCAGCAGCGCGAUGCAAGCCGUUCCAACGGCUCAUCCAUCGUACGGCACGAUAAACGGAACGGUCCAACUUCAAGGAGCUUUCCCGCAAACGGCACAAACAAUUCGCGAAAAUCCGAACGGCCAAGAUGCGCCGCACGGAUCUCACCCCGAACUAGAAACACAGGACGACACUCCUACGUCUGACGACUUGGAACAAUUUGCGAAAGAAUUCAAACAGCGUAGAAUCAAGCUUGGCUUUACCCAGGCUGAUGUCGGGCUAGCGCUGGGUACACUGUACGGAAAUGUUUUCAGUCAAACCACCAUUUGCCGUUUCGAGGCUCUGCAGCUGAGUUUUAAGAAUAUGUGUAAGCUCAAGCCCUUGUUAGGCAAAUGGCUCGAAGAGGCGGAUAACAACAACGGUGCUGCGAGUGGCAUCGACAAGCUGGCCACUCAGGGUCGCAAACGCAAGAAGAGAACCUCCAUCGAGGUGGCCGUUAAGGGUGCCCUGGAGAAUCACUUUUGUAAAAAUCCCAAACCGUCGGCGCAAGAGAUCGGCACGCUCGCUGAAAACCUCGGACUCGAUAAAGAGGUCGUUCGAGUGUGGUUCUGCAACAGGCGUCAGAAGGAAAAGCGAAUGACUGCUUCAGUUACUGGUGGAGCCGAAGAUCAACACGUUGGGUCUCCUCAUGUUUCCUCGCCUCACGUAUCGUCUGGUCAUGUUUCUUCUCCACAUAUUGUUGGUGCGCACAUUGCAGGCCCGCAGUGAGACUUUAUGUGUGUUCUACUACUCUUCGUAAAUAUAUAGUGGCCAAAAUGUAUUUUUCUAUUGCGCGAACGAACAAGGAACUUAACUUACAGACAGGCGUAUUAAGUCGAUUAACUGUGACAUAUUUUGUACGCCGUCUCGAAAGGGAAGCUGAAUGUGAAAUAGUCUAAUUUCAGCAAGCGUAAGCGCUCGGAGAGAAUUUCGAUUUCAAGUCGGCCGCCUUUCUAAGGAUAUGCAAAAAGGUAUUCUAAUAUUAUGGGCAUGAUUGUAUGUAAAUACUUACUUUGAAAGCUAGAGUAUUUUGCAUUAAGUUUAGAGGAAUUCCAGGGGAAAAGUAUCUAGGACUAGCAGUUUCUUUUAACACGAACAUUUCGCUGUGUUUAUCAUUGCUACAAGGCCCAAGUGAAGGGUUUUUGUCCGAAGGAUCAUAUGUAAAUACCCUCGAUGGACGCGUAUCAUUUGUCUACUCGCCAAGAAACCUAUAUGCUCAUAUUCUGGGCUUAAAAAAAUCUUUAUUUAGAGUUGUUUUCUGGCAAUGUGAACAAUAUAUUUAUCGUACUUUUCUAUGUUAAACAUGCAUGCUUUCCCAGCCAUCAUACUGUACCCUCAGAUAAGUUAUUAAAACCUUUUCAGUUUAGCCUGUCUUGUGCUGGUUUGCUUUUUAGGCUUUAGUUAUUGAACGAGUUUUGCGCAUAUUUUUCGCUGUUCUUUUAAUUGUCAAGCUCAGUAUUUCGUGGGCUUUUCUUUUAAAUCGAUUGUUAAGUAUUUUCUUAUCUUUUCGUUCUCGUUUGAGCAUAGUUUGUUUCGGCAGUAUUUUGUGGCGAGAUAAAGUGAGCUGUAGAUGCAUAGCAAAGAAGUUCAUUCAUGACUCUGCUGAUGUAUGCAAAUCGAAACAAUUUCUUAUUUAAAUUCUGCCAUACAUUAAAGGUACUAUGUUUCUUGAAUUUGUAAAGACAGGAAUAUGCUCGCUCACGAACGGAUUCUUGCUUUUGAGGCGAACGAAGCGACGACGUAAUGAAAAAGCUUGGUUCAGAAUGGUUCGUGUCACCGCCCUAGUCAGCCGUCGAACGAUCAUCAAAGGUUAAGAGAUGAUUAAAGUUGCAUCUCAAAUCUUCACGAAGGAAUUACCAGUUCCCCUUCUUAAACCCAAACUAUUUACUUGGGUUCCGGGAGAGAGGACUACAGACUCUAUAUGCACGAUGACUUCGUAAAAUCGAAAAGGGCGUUACCCCUAAUCCAUUAGAUGGGUCCGAAAUAAAAGGACCUGAGCCAAGGUUUGAUUCUCUGAAAAGAAAAGAAAAGAAAAGAAAAGAAAAGGAAAAAAAAUAGGCUUACGUAUUCAAAUUUGUCAUUUGUAUCCGUUUCAAGUUUGGCCAUCCGUUAUAAUUCUUGUUUCCAUUUGAUUUUAUUUUCGGCUGUGAUGUUUGUCUACACUAGAAAACGAUGAUUUGAAGUUUUCUUCGUAUUCAAAUGAGAUUUCCUCAGAGGCUAAAGAAGAGUCAAAAUAUCACGGUGCAACUUAUUUCAAUCUUGGCCAUCCGUUAAUUAAACCCUCUGUGGUUUUUUUCUACGUUAGCAGCAGGUUAUUUUAAGGUUUCAUGUUAUUUAAAGGAGAUUCUUUCUGGAGCUUAAAAUAGUUCAAAAUAUUGUAGCGGCGAUCUGUUUUGGUUUUGGCCGUUCAUUAAUGUUCUUGUUCCCCUGUGUUUGAUUAUUUCUUCGCUGGGUGUUUGUCUGCACCAGAGAAAGGUUAUUUCAGGAUUUUGUCAUUCAUACAAAGGUGAUUCUCCCAGAGGCUAGCUGAAAACGGUUCAAAAUGUCGUGCAGUAAGGCUCCUGUAACAUUACUCUCGAUUGGGCCGCGAGGCUUCCCAUUUUGCGGAAUUUUUAUGAUUUAUAACCACGAUUAAAUAAUUCCAACGUCUUUUCCGUUCUUUUUUUUUUUUUUUUUUUUUUUUUUUUUUUUGUGCAGGCUGGUCAAACAUACAGCGCAGUUUUUUUUACUAUUUGUAACUUAACCCGUUCAUACCAGCUUUAACUCUUGUUUAGCUGCGUUAGUUCAAAGAUCAAAGAAAUUCGCUCGGGGUUUGAGCAUGAGUCACAAUCGCUAAGUUUAGACGCGGCUGAUUUAAGUAUGAAUUACUUGAGGCAAGUAAAAUUCUUAAUGGUACUUAACCAUCAGUGUUAUCAACACGUUUUUUUCUCUGGCGUGAGCAGGUUACUAUACCUGAUGUUCGAUAACGUGUUAUCUUAGUUGUUAGAAUUUUAUUUUCCUCUCUGCUCUUUCUUUUAUUUGUUUAUUUUUCUUAAUUUUUAUCAUCGACUUUCAAUGAUGCAACGGGCCCAAUAAAUUUCAAUGACCUUUGGCAUCUCGUGCAAUUGUGAAAAGGAAAAUGUACAAAUUUCGUUGAUGUUUUCCUUAUAGCCUUGAUGUAUAAUUUAUGUUGUUUUGUCACUAAUUUUCUCGCCAAGUAUGUUUAGUUUCUCUUUGUUAUUUAUUUAUGUUGUAAUUUCUAUUGAAUCCAUCUAAUAAUAUCUUUCAUUAUGAUGUCAGCCCUUUCCCAACCCAUCUCCACAGGGACAAAUAUUAUUGUUGAACGCUUAAAAAAAAAAAAAAAACAUUGUCCCGCUUGGCUAAGUUUGCUUGUGUUUAAAAAAUAUCUUUUUACUAAGUUAAUUCCAACUCUCGCACAAUUUUUAAAAAUAAAUAUCCAGCUGUC